UCUCACAGGACCAGCUGGUGGGCCGUGGUUGACAUGGCAAGUCCUCGCUCUCGGCGGGUCCUUCAGGAGCUGAAGAACAGGGACGCCAACUCGAAAUGCUUCGAGUGCGGCACGUACAACCCGCAGUGGGUGUCCGUGACCUACGGAAUCUGGAUCUGCCUCGAGUGCUCAGGGAAGCACCGUGGCCUCGGCGUCCACCUCUCCUUCGUCCGCUCCAUCAGCAUGGACAAGUGGAAGGACACCGAGCUCGAGAAGAUGAAGGUCGGAGGGAACCUGAAGGCCCGCGAGUUCUUCGACUCGCAGGACACGUGGGACGACACCCUGAGCAUUCAGCAAAAGUACAACACCAGGGCGGCGGCGCUCUACAGAGAUAAGAUCGCGACCCUGGCGCAGGGUCUGCCCUGGGACGAGUCGGUGUCGGCGGCGCGGCUGCCCAAGUCGGAGUCGCAGCGCUCGGACUCGAGCGGCUACAACAGCUGCGAAUACUCAGGGUACCAGGGCGGCGACGCCCCGGCCCUUCAGUCGCAGGAGUUCCGAGACCAGAAGGACGCUUUUUUCAACCGCAAGCAGGAGGAAAACUCGUCGCGGCCAGACCACCUGCCGCCGAGUCAGGGCGGGAAAUACUCAGGGUUCGGAUACACGAUGGAGGCGCCGCCCAGGAGCUCCUCGCAGGAGUUCUUCGGCACCGCCAUGGGCUCAUUAGCUUCGGGUUGGUCCGUGUUUUCCUCUUCGGCUUCGAAGGUGGCGAGCAAGGCGACGGAGAACGCUUAUAAAAUCGGAUCGGUGGCUACGCAGAAGGUGUCUGAAAUUGGUGCUACUGUCGGAGAAAAGGUCAAGGAAGGUAAACUGCUCGAGGAUGUUGGCUCGCAAGUCACCAGCUUGGCUUCCAAGAUGGGAGAUCUUGGACGGCGCGGGUGGACCGACAUAGGGCGCGUCCUUUCGCCCACUUCGGAGCAGCCGCCGGGAGAUUUUGAUUCUUACCAAAACGCUUCGCCGACCUCGCCACGCAAUGAAAAGUCCUCCCUGACCUCUGGAGAAAGCACUCGGAAGUACGAAGAGGAGCAGGGCUGGGAGGACUGGGGCGAGUCUCCGAAAAAGCCGCCGAGCAAGCCAAAGUCCGGCGACGACUGGGGCAACAAAUGGGACGACGCCGGCUGGUAAAAAAAAACUGAAUCAAGAAAGAAAAAGUGCUGCAGUUUCCGAAGGAAAAGAGAAAAUAUCUUGAAAUUAUAUCCAUAUAUUUACUUGUUAAACUGACUGGUUUUGAUGAGAAGUGCUGCUGGUUGAUCCAUUCCUCUCUCUACGUGGUCCAAGUGACUGUUCAUUUGUAUUUAAUUUUGUGUUUUUCUGUGUCCGAAUAUACAUUAAAAAGAAGGUUAUUAAACGCCUGAGCAAAGAGAGCGCA